AACAAUCUUCUCCAUGCAGAAACACAAUCAAUCACUUCUUCUUCUUCAUAUUCUUCAAACGUUAAACAGUUCUCCAACAUUUUCUUUCAUUAAUAAUUUGGAGAACAAAGCCUUAGCAUCCAGUGAAAUUUAUCCGGUGAAACAAUGGCGACUCCGGCAUGGAGUCAGGCCAGAGGUCAAUGGGUAGUUGCCAUGUUGGCAUUACUCGUUGGCUCGGCAAUAGCUACCGAACCUUACUAUUAUAGUUCUCCUCCACCACCCUAUGAAUAUAAAUCUCCACCGCCUCCGGUUAAAUCUCCUCCACCUCCUUAUGAAUACAAAUCUCCUCCCCCUCCGGUUAAGUCUCCUUCACCACCGUAUUACUAUCAUUCACCGCCGCCGCCGGUGAAAUCCCCUCCCCCUCCUUAUGUAUACCACUCUCCUCCUCCUCCAGUGAAGUCUCCUCCACCACCUUAUUAUUACCACUCUCCACCACCACCCGUGAAAUCUCCUCCCCCUCCUUAUGUAUAUCACUCUCCUCCACCUCCGAUUAAGUCUCCACCACCACCGUACUACUAUCACUCACCACCACCACCGGUGAAAUCGCCUCCUCCUCCUUACUAUUAUCAUUCUCCACCACCACCGGUUAAAUCUCCACCACCACCAUAUUACUACCAUUCUCCACCACCACCGGUUAAAUCUCCACCACCUCCAUACUACUACCACUCUCCACCUCCUCCGGUGAAGUCUCCACCUCCACCAUACUACUACCACUCUCCACCUCCUCCGGUCAAGUCUCCACCACCACCGUACUACUAUCACUCUCCACCUCCUCCGGUCAAGUCUCCUCCACCACCGUACUACUAUCACUCUCCACCUCCUCCGGUCAAGUCUCCUCCACCACCAUACUACUACCACUCUCCCCCUCCUCCGGUGAAAUCUCCACCACCACCGUAUUACUACCACUCUCCUCCUCCUCCGGUUAAAUCUCCACCACCACCAUACUACUAUCACUCUCCACCACCACCGGUCAAAUCCCCACCACCACCAUAUUAUUACCACUCUCCACCACCACCGGUAAAGUCACCACCUCCACCAUAUUAUUACCAUUCUCCUCCUCCUCCGGUAAAAUCACCACCUCCACCAUAUUAUUAUCACUCUCCUCCUCCUCCAGUGAAAUCACCACCUCCACCUUACUAUUACUCAUCCCCACCACCACCAAAAUCUUACCCUCCACCAUACCACUACUCAUCUCCUCCACCACCACCAAAGUCGUACUCGCCACCAUACUACUACUCAUCACCACCACCUCCUGUGUCGUACCCUCACCCUCACCCACACCCACACCCACACCCACACCCACAUCCACUUGUCUUCAAAGUUGUAGGUAAAGUGUAUUGUUACAGAUGUUAUGACUGGACUUACCCCAAAAAGUCCCACGAUAAGAAGCAUCUCAAAGGUGCUGUUGUAGAAGUGACUUGUAAGGCCGGUGACAAGAUAGUCAAGGCAUACGGAAAGACCAAAAUCAACGGUAAAUAUGCAAUCACCGUUAAGGGAUACAACUACCGUAAAUACGGUGGCGAAGUUUGCACGGCCAAGCUUCACGCGCCGCCUAAAGGCUCACCGUGUAACAUUCCUACAAGCUACCAUAUGGGUAACAAAGGUGCAAAGCUUCAUGUGAAAUCAAAGACAAAGUACGAGGUUGUGCUCUAUGCCAAGUCCUUUGCUUAUGCACCUAAGAAACCUUACGGAGAAUGCCACAAACCAGCUCCUUACCAUCCUCCUUACUACUACAAAUCGCCACCACCACCAUCUCCGGUUUACUACUACAAGUCACCACCACCACCGGCUCCAACCUAUGUCUACAAAUCUCCACCACCACCAACUCCGACUUACGUCUACAAGUCGCCGCCUCCUCCAACCCCAACAUAUGUCUACAAAUCGCCUCCUCCUCCUACCCCAACAUACGUAUACAAGUCUCCUCCACCACCAACUCCAACGUACGUAUACAAAUCACCACCGCCGCCAACUCCAACUUACGUCUACAAGUCGCCUCCUCCACCUACACCAACUUAUGUCUACAAGUCUCCACCGCCCCCAACUCCGACUUAUGUCUACAAGUCUCCACCACCACCCACUCCGACCUACGUCUACAAGUCACCACCACCACCACCUCAAACUCACACUCCGACACCAUACUACUACCAUUCUCCACCACCACCAGUAAAAUCCCCUCCACCUCCUUAUUACUACCACUCACCACCACCACCGGUUAAAUCUCCACCACCACCAUACUACUAUCAUUCACCACCUCCUCCGGUGAAGUCUCCUCCACCACCAUAUUAUUACCAUUCGCCACCUCCUCCAGUGAAGUCUCCUCCACCACCAUAUUACUAUCACUCUCCACCUCCUCCGGUGAAGUCUCCCCCGCCACCUUAUUACUAUCACUCCCCACCCCCUCCGGUGAAAUCACCUCCACCACCAUACUAUUACCACUCACCACCUCCUCCGGUAAAAUCCCCACCACCACCAUACUAUUACCACUCUCCACCACCACCUGUGAAGUCCCCACCACCACCAUACUAUUACCACUCACCACCUCCUCCAGUGAAAUCCCCACCACCACCAUACUAUUACCACUCACCACCUCCUCCAGUCAAAUCUCCUCCUCCACCGUACUACUAUCACUCACCACCUCCACCAGUGAAAUCUCCACCACCACCAUACUAUUACCACUCCCCACCUCCUCCGGUGAAAUCUCCACCACCACCGUACUAUUACCAUUCACCACCUCCUCCGGUGAAAUCUCCUCCUCCACCAUACUACUAUCACUCACCUCCUCCACCAGUAAAAUCUCCUCCGCCACCGUACUAUUACCACUCUCCACCUCCUCCAGUGAAGUCGCCUCCACCUCCUUAUUACUACCACUCACCUCCUCCUCCGGUGAAAUCCCCACCACCACCAUAUUAUUACCACUCACCACCCCCACCCGUCAAAUCUCCUCCACCUCCAUAUUAUUACCACUCACCACCUCCUCCGGUGAAAUCUCCACCACCACCAUAUUAUUACCACUCACCUCCUCCUCCGGUGAAAUCUCCACCACCACCAUAUUACUACCAUUCACCUCCCCCUCCAGUCAAAUCUCCUCCUCCACCAUAUUACUACCAUUCACCUCCUCCACCGGUGAAAUCUCCACCACCACCAUAUUACUACCAUUCACCUCCCCCUCCAGUGAAAUCUCCUCCUCCACCAUAUUACUACCAUUCACCACCUCCUCCUGUGAAAUCUCCACCACCACCAUAUUACUACAACUCUCCACCACCACCAGUAAAAUCUCCCCCACCUCCCGUCUACAUCUACGCUUCUCCCCCGCCUCCUACCCAUUACUAGGCUCGUCAAUUUCGACCAAAUUUCCCCAUUAUUCAAGUUUUCUAUUACAAAAUCAAAUAAAGGAAGGGUCAAAGUCAAAGAUGAGAAGAAGUGAACCAAAUAAGGAUCGUUGCAUGGAAACCAGGAACAAGACAUCUCUAACAAUAAUCCACAUCACUUCCUCUUCUUCAAUUUCGCUCAUCUUCCACUUGUGCAUCAUCUUCGUGUCUUCAUCAAGUCAAAUUGUUUCCAAGACCCCUUUAGAUCGUAUCAUACACUUAUUUGUUCCGUUUUUGUUGUUAAGUCGGGUUUUGUAAUUUAUUUGUUGUGCAUACAUUUUCUAUACAUAUAUGAUUUUCAUUAAUGUAAUGAGAGAGUGGUUAGCAAAUAAAAAAUGUUCAGUUUCUUCUUU